AUGAAGUUCAGCACGUUUAUCCUUCCUUUUUCUCUUGGCCUGUUCUCAGAACCCGUCACCGCCUUUUGGGGAAGGAAGAAAUGGACCAACAAAAAUGUCUACAACGAAUUUGGUGAAAGAACCGACUCUUUGUCGGUUGCAAAGGGCGCAACAGGCUAUAUUAACACGGGGCCGACUGCUCCUGGGAAGCCCGAUGCUGUGGCUCGCGGGCCUGCGGUCAAGCUGAGCUAUAUGAGGAUUCGGCCUUUGGCAGGCCUUGAUCAUAGCAAACUACCUCUACAACAUGUCCGGAUGCAGAUCAGCAGCUGUAUGGUGGUCGGCGAUUACAUUACAAUCAACGGCGGUAUGCCUAAGAUCAAUGUCCCUAAGGGAGCGACUGGAUCCGUCAAGGCAUUCCUCAUGGCGAUUCCUGGCCAUGAGGUCGACAACCGUUGCAGCUGGGCGACUACUUAA